AUGAACCCACUACUGAGCCAAACGUCGAGGUUGACGGUCGGUCGCCAUAGCAAUUUGAUGCAGUGUGUGCACAAGCUGUCCAAAAGAAACUAUUUGAUGCCUCGUAUGGCUGUGCGUAGUGGUAAUCCACAACCACUCCACAUCACGAAGAACACGUUCAAUUGCAAACAGUAUCAAAUAUCAACGCGUGGCUUAGCCACCAUCCAUAGUAACCUGGGUUCAACCCCUACUGAUAUAGGUUCAAGGCCCAGAGCCACCCAGAAAUUUCUCGAUAAGGCCAGCGCCGAGAUUCAGUCUACCAUGGGAUUCGAUACGUCUUCUGAUAGUAAUGAAUUUCAAAAUACGCCGACAAUGUCGACACAAUCAACACUAUCAGAUUCACAGACACGCAAACAUGCACAUAUGGGUCCUCCUGGUUCAGUGAAUGACGAUGCUAUAGAUUGGGGUGCACGAACAAGUCCUCUAAAUAGUGGGUCAGGUUUUGGUCCGAACGCGAAACACAUAGACACACUGACGUUGUCGCAGAAACUCAAUACCAGCGGAUUCAAGCCAGAGCAGUCGGAGCAAAUCGUCAGGAUACUUAUGGAUGUCAUACGAGAGAGGUGA